UUUCGUUUUCAAUCGUUUGUGUUGAUUUCGUGCCUUUGAAGAUGUUAAAACCUCGAUAAACAUUCCGGCCUGUUUUUAAAACUUUUCCUAGAUUCUGAGAGAGUUUUCAGGUAAAGUUUUAAUCUGCUUUUUGUGUUCUGUAGCCUUAUUACCGAGUCUGCUGCUACAUUGUAGAGAUCGGCAUAAUGUUUUAUUUUUACAAAGUUAAAACGAAUAUUGCACGUACAAUGGAAAUGAAUAUACAUAGAUUGUUUUAAUAUAUACUAUAAAAGUAUGAAAAUUUGGGAUAAAUAUUGUGUAUUCUGUUCUCUUGACAGAUUUCUCGUUUACUGGUGAAAUAAAGCACUGAGGAAGAUUUACAUUUGUAUGAGGUCACUACAACCUUCACAUUUUACUGAUGGAAGUCUGCCGGUUUUUGUAUUUCCACAAUCGCUGACUUUUUAUGCUGAUGAACAGGCCAGUCACAAGCAAGUUCUUACGGUUUACAACCCUUACGAGUUCGCUUUACGAUUUAAAGGUACGGAGUUUAACAGGUUAUUAGACUCGAGGUCGUUAACUAAUUGUACAUGUCAUGUUACAAAAUAAUUUUAGCUUACAUCUAAAAUGCUUAUUGUAAUAUUGAAUUUCAUGAAAUGCAUACUCAACCUUGAUUGGCAUACGUGGACUGCUGAUUUUAGGGCGUUCAAUUUACAUACCGGUAUCUUACUAGGCGUUUUUAUUUCAGUCUUGUGCACAGCUCCAAGCAGAUAUAUUGUGGUAGAUUCGGAUGGUGUAAUCAAACCCAGAUGCUGCAUUGACAUGUAGGUAUCAUAUUUAACAAUUAUUCCACGAGUGCGCAUUGGAUAUGAGUUGGCUAUAAUCAUCUCAUAUCCAACGAGCACGAGUGGCGUAAUUGUUUUAUUAAAAACACCCCAAAAUAUCGAGAAUUCUUCCUGACUUUAUUUGUAAAAACAACCGAUUUUCAGCUUGUUUUUAAUUUUGAGCAGACAUGUACAGUCACCACAUUUGGAGAGUGUGGUAUGAUUGCUCAUAUACUAUGAUGGCUAGCCCAAUCAGAGCUUUAGAAUUGCAUUAUCCAAUGAUUCAGUUUUUUAAUAAAAGUAAGGUGAAGGUGCACACAAGCCAAGGGCCCACACGGCUGGAGCUUAUUUCCGGUUUCCAUGGCAUGAAGCAAGCCUAGGAGUAUUGCUACUUGGCCCUGGAUGGGAUGCUUGUCCAUAGCAGGGUUACCACCCAGGAGUAUGUCGCCGGUACCCAUUUAUACACCUGGGUGAAGAGAGACAAAGUGGAGUAAAGUUCCUUGUCUAAGGAAACAAUGCGACAGGCAAGAGAUGAACGUUAGACCUCCAGAUCCAGAGUUCGAGGUGUUAACAGCUUGGCCACUUACGCCUCCACAAUAAUUAAAAGUAGUUAUAGCCCAAAUGUUUUCUGGAUAUUUAACUUGUCACUUAUAUUUUUACAACAAUUUCCCACAUGCUGAUUGGUUGAAAGCUGGGGUCUAUGAGAGUAUACACUAUGGAAAUGAUGUAAUGACUGCAGUUUACAUACAUGUACUAAAAAGAUUAUAGGACCACAAGUUUAACAGUUGUCAAGUGUUAUGCUCUCCAAAUUGAGCCUCUACUCUACUCCACUCUCCACUAUUUAUCUGCACGCAGCAGUUUUCCAAGAAACUUCACUGGAAAUGGAGGUUAAUGCUAUCAAUGUUACAAAAGUAGGUUGAGUUUGAUCGUCCGGGUGAACGUAGUCCUGAAUAGGACUGUUGUUGUUGACAGUGACUGAUGUUUCGACAACCUGUGCGGUAGUCAUCUUCAGAGUCAAAAAGAUAAAUAGUUUAAAAUAGUUUUGUCUAUUUGUCAAAUAGCCAAGUUGCACGUUUUACCCUCUUUAUCUUUGACUCUGAAGAUGACUACCACACAGGUUGUCGAAUUGUCAGUCACUGUCAACAACAACAGUCCUAUUCAGGACUACGUUCACCCGGAUGAUCAAACUCAACCUACUUUUGAAAUGACCCCUGGGUUCAAACCUUUCACCGCUAUCAAUGUUAUAAUAUAAAAAAAUAGACAAUCACUAUUCCAGACCACAGAAAUGACAAUGGUGUUCAAAACGUUACUGUGAAACUUGAGUUUAGAACAUUAUGAUUUCACUGCUAUGGUCUAUAAGGCCAUGAAACCUACACCAGGGAAAAUAGUUUUGUCUAUUUGUCAAAGAGCCAAGUUGUAGCUUUUAAUCUCUUUAUCUUUAGAGUGAUACGCCACAUUGACAUUCAACCUGGCAUUACACAACAAGACAAGUUUAGACUUCACAUCUUUGAGCAUGGCCUUCAAGAUGUUAUUGGUAAAAAAGAAAUCAUCGCUGUGCUUCAGCCCAGCAGAACUGAACCAAAACAGGUAAAUGCCAGUCAGCUAUUGUGCCACAACCGGAGUGUCAAAAAAUACUUGAGACAAUGGUAACUUGUUUACUACUUACAAAAAGUUUCCCAAAAUUCAGGUUGGAAAGCUAAUGGAACAGGACUUCAAACUGUGUGAGCUGCUUGCCCAAAGGAUAAGCUGGAAUUCACAUUUUUUUCUUUUUUCGGAACCCUGUACUUGUGAGAAUUCUUUCUUUAGUUUGUUACAUUAUUUUUUUUUUAUUAUUUUGUAGAGUUUCAUUGGAGAACAGUCAGUUAAAUUAAGCGACCUUAGGAUUUGUUGAAUGUGAAUGAAUUUUCCUGAGCUUGUGAAAACUGAUUAUUUUUCACUCAUAAAGCUUGGUUCCCACUACAACAGUACUGACCAAGACACUCUUCCAAUAUAAAAAGUUGCCAGCAGCUUAUUUUCCCACACAUCAUAACAGUAUUACUAUUCCAGGCAUUACCAUUGGCUAUGCCGCAGGUAGGUAAGUGAAUAUAAGGCCAGGUUCAAAAUGUUUCUCAAUAAUUUUUUCACAUUUUUUAACAUAUAGAAGAGCAAAGAACGACCAUCUACAAGGAGGGGGACACAAAGAAUAGGAAGUAGUAGUGUCACUGUUGAACAAUUUGCAGACUCAGGUAAGGUUUUUAUCCAUAGGUAUGAGACUCGUGCAUAAAGGAUUAGAAAUCUGAUUACUAGAAAUUAUUUAGACUUGUCAGAUUCUCAUGGUUGUUUCCUUAGUCUCCAUUGUUUUGUUUUGGAUUGUUGUGAUGAAUUGUUUCGGGAAGUAGGGUCACAAGUCUUUGUUCUCUAGGCAGUAUCUUUACAAGAUAAGUAGCCCCACCUAAUGUCCAAAGCAGGGGGAUCCUAUGCCUGGCGCCAUUUUCGAGAGCCAACACUGUUCUAGUUAUUACAUCAUCAAAUCAUUCUUCAUCUGCUCCCAUGACUUCACAUAACCCAGAUUUUUUUGGCAUAGUUGCCAAAGGUCAGGGAAAAUACAAUUUCUUCAAGGUCAGGGAAAAGUUAAAUUUUAAGAGUACAUGUUUAUUCUUUUCCCAGUACCUUUACUGUUUUCUAAUAUUUAAAAUUCUUUUAUGCAUUUUAUGCACAUGAAUCGUGUCGUAUUGGUUGAAUAUUGUUCAUGAAAUUGAAUGACAAGCCGAUGCUGGCUUUUCAAGAACAUCAAUUUGUUUUACACUGCACAUGAGUUGCUGAAAGCAUAAACAAAUGAGUGGAGGGGAUUGCUGUGAGGGGAAGGUUGAGUCCAUCAGCAGGUCAAAUGUGUGAGAUAGUUAACUCAGUUGGUCAGGGAAAUUUUACAUAUUUUGUCAGAAAAAAGUCAGGGAAAAGCCAGAAUUUCAGAAACCUCUGGCUGUGGCAACCACGAUUGGAGGGGUGGAGGAGGGGGGGCAGAUUGGGGCCCUCAGGGGUCCUGUAGGCUACCUGUUGGUAGAGGAUACCUGUACCCCUCUACUUGGAGAUUUUCACAUGUGGCAAAAAAUUGAGCUAUUACCACUACCUUAAAUGCCUUUAGUUAUUUUUUAGAAAUAAUUAACAAGAUAAGCAAGAACCAAUGUGUGAAAACAUGUGAAAAGGUAGUCCAAGUUAAUGAUAAUGAAUAGUUUGUGCAAAAUAUCCAAAUUGAGGAGUUCUAUAGGGUAUCAUCGCCUUCCCUUUGAACUCUUUGGGAUGCCUUGGCAUAAUGAUCGUUCCUCUACCACAACCUGCAAUUUUGGACAAAAAUCAUACUCCUCUGUGUAAAAAUGAUUGUAGGUAUACCCUAGUUCACAUCAUUCUCUAAAAAUAGCUUUUGUCUUUAUUCAAUAAACAGGAUUUGGAGGUCAGAAUGCUCCUAGUUUGUGGGUAAUUAUGAUGGCUGUUGUCUGUAUUAUUGCUCUCAUGUUGCCAUUGGAAGGAGAAAAGCAACGUUCAGAUCUAAUACCACAGUAUUUACAUUUGUCUGUCAACCAGAAAUUGUUGGCUGCCUUUAUUUUAGGUAAUCAUAUAGUUAUUUUAUUCAUAUUAUCCAAGGUCAAACCCUUUUUUAAAAGUGGUUAUGGUAUUGUUAAUGUCAGAGAAAUAAUAUUUCAGUAAUAAUAAUAAUCGGGGAAUCCAGAAUCCUGGAAAUUUUGGCUUGUGGAAUCCAAAAUCCUUGGCUUUAGAAUCCAUAAUUCAGCUCAAGGAAUCCAGAAUCCCACUAACGAUUGGAAUCUGGCGUUUAAGAAACCAUCCCAUAGCUUCCAGAUUUCAAAGUUUUUCGGGAGGGUCAUUCCCCUAGACCCCCUUUAGAUGUGCCUUGCUGACCGCAGGUCUUGCCCUAGCCUGCAAACAAGCUCUCCAUUUAGGUGCGCGAAGUGAGCUACACUAGCGAGCCCUCGCGUGCCACUCGCGCGUGUACUUUUCACCAUAUCUCCCAAAUAGAGAGCUUGCUGGUAGGUAAGUCUUGCCCCGGUCAUACAGUGGCCUUGCUAUGGCCCUUUCAUUUAAUUUUUUGAAGCACAAAAUGAUUUAGCCACUAAUAAAGCAUAAAAUUUCCCCGGUCCCAGAGAUUUUCUUUUCUUCUGUUACUCAGUUUCUCCUUAAGCAAGAAAGCUGACCCCUGAAACCAGGGUACCCGCGUAGCAAUGUACACCAUACCACAAUAAAUUAUAAUGGGCCAUUCGUGAGUUGCCCAAAGCCUCUGUUUCAAAGCGAGGCUAAGUGUGAAGCCAUUGAUAUGAAAGUGAUUCUUUAUUCUCGUGCAAAUAAAACACAUUUUCACCUGAAAGGUUUUGCACUUAGCCUCGUUUUAAAAGGAAAAUCGGAAAUGGCUUAAAUUAAGUCUUCACUACGUAGAUCGAAGCCAUUGUAUUUGAAGUAUAAAAUCUUUUUCAGGUCUUAUAACGAUGGCUAUUCUGAAGACAUGACGAUGGUUGACGAGUCUUUCCAAAAGGCAAGAUAAUUGAUAAGCUAGGCAACAACAACAAAAAAAAAACCACUUAAAGCUGAAAUGUUAGUGGAUGCAUUGCUUUAGACCACUUAGAAAUUAAGUCCUGAUUUUCCAUGUCUAAAAAGAUAUAAAAUUAUUAUUAAUGGCUAACGCUGUGCUAAAUUUCGUUAGGUUUUUUUUAAGUAGCAUUAUUCUUCAUGAUUUUACUCAGAAUAAUGGAAAUGCAAUGCAUAACUUUCA